GAUGUGAGGAUGUGUGUGUGCAGAAGUGUGUGUGUCGAUGCACGUUAAUAAAGGAUUUAAUGACUUCAGUCUGCUGACGCCCUGAACACCACCGAAUGGGCCCUAACAUUCAAGUGCAUCAUGGGCUCCAGGAUAAAAGAAAACCCUGAAAAGACAUUCUACUGGUUCUUUCAAGCUUCAUGCCCAAUUGCCAGAGAUAAAGAUCCUGCCGUGCUGUUUCAGUUCCCUGAAGACUUUAAUGAUGAGGAGUCUCUGAAGUGCUUGCCUCGCUUCUGCUUCCCUUAUGACAUAGAGAGGGUGAAGGACACUGUUGCCGUGCAGCACUUCACAUUCGUCCUGACCGAUCUGGAAGGAUGCCAGCGCUUUGGUUUCUGCAGACUCACGUCCAGCUCUCAGACCUGCUUGUGCAUCCUCAGUUAUUUGCCCUGGUUUGAGGUCUUCUACAAACUUCUGAAUAACCUAGCCGACUACUCAACGAAAGGACAAACCAAGGAGAUGAAAGAGCUGCUCUCGGCCCUCUACAAACACCCCGUGCCUCUGGUCAAUGGCUCCAUCACGCUGCAGAUGGUCCCAUACUUCAUCGCGCCAGAUCCCAAAGCCCUGCCGUCUAUUCCAGAGAGUAGGAACCUGACGGAGCUGGUGGUGGCGGUGGAUGUGGGAAACCUGUUGCAGCUCUACGCCAGCAUGUUAUUUGAGAGACGGAUCCUCAUUUACUGCAGCAAACUCAGCACUCUGACGGCCUGCAUACACGCGUGUAACGGGAUGCUGUACCCCAUGUACUGGCAGCACAUCUUCAUCCCAGUGCUGCCUCCUCAUCUGCUGGACUACUGCUGUGCUCCGAUGCCGUACCUCAUUGGAAUUCACUCCAGCCUGGCGGAGAGAGUGAAGAGUCGAGCUCUGGAGGACGUGGUCAUACUGAACGUGGACACCAACACCCUGGAGUCGCCCCACGAGGACCUGAAAAAGAUCCCGGCUGAUGUGGUGGCGGGACUGAAGGUCAGGCUGAAGAGACAGGCGGCGUCUCCCGGGUCAGGGGUCGCACACGCUUUCCUCCGAGCCCAGGCUCUGCUGUUCGGAGGAUACAGGGAUGCCUUACAGUCGCCUGCUGAAGGGCCGGUGGUCUUCUGCAAUGAGCUGUUUCUCAGUCACAAGUCUCAAAGCAUGCGGGAGUUUCUGGAGAGCGCGGUCCACCUGCAGUGUUUCAAAGAGUUUAUUGAUGGCCGGCUGAAAAUACUUGACCAGGGCAAAGAGCCGGAUGACGUGUUUGAAGAAGAGGUGCUUCAGUGUGGUGCUUCAUCUGGUGGCUCUAAACUGCGACGGCAGUGGGUGGGAAAUUUAAAGAAAGGGGGUGGAGCUCUGAUUGUGACAUGGAAGACUACAGCGAGCAAAGCAACCAAACACCACAGAUUGGGGCUGAAAAACCUCCUCUCAUCAAAGGACCAAAGUGAAGCUCAUAAGCUACAGAGGGGCGGGUCUGUGUGUGAACCACACACGUAUCGCCUCAUCCAAUCAGACUGCCUUCAGAAUCGCUUACCAAUCACACAGCACUUUGGCCGGUCUCGACCACGCCGGCCGACACGCAAGCAUCCCAGCCACCAGGGCAAUGAACAACAGACAGAGGAUGACAACACCAGCUAUGAGGACAGUGUAACAGAAUGUCCUGAGCAGUGCUCUGGCACCAGCGACUUACAGGAAGAGGAUGAUCUCUCUCUCUUGGCUGACCCGGAGGAGAUGGACCUGCUCGGGGAGAUCUUCGACACGCUGAGUUCCCAGAGCUCCAGAGAGCCAGGUUUACUGUAUGGCACACGCAGCCUCGACCUCUUCAGCUCCGACAGCAGUGACUUCAUCUCUCAUAAGAGUCUGGCCAACCCAAGUCAGGAGAGUCUAAGUCUCUCUUUUGGUAACAGCGAAAGUCUCGUGAGCUGGGAGGAGGAGCUUGAGGAGGGGCCUGCUGGCGAGGGGGAGGGGCCUGCUGACGAAGGGGAGGAGCCUGAUGUCCUGAUUGACAGGCCAGAAAAUGAGAUUAAUGAAUUAGAGAAGGAUUUGACCGAGUUAGGGGAAAAUCUGUGUUCAGAUCUACAAAUUCUAGAAGAUGCUUCUCUGGAUCCUGAAGUGGGUUCUGAGGAGCGAAAGGAUGCCUGGCCGAACAAUGAUGGACAAAUGAAUGGAUCAAUGGAGGAAAGCUUGGAAACCGAGACAGUAGUUACAGAGAGGACAGAGAUGCAACCUGACAAAGAACUUCAGAAAGAGCUUAAGACGACAAAUGCUUUUGGCCCAAACGGACCAACAAAUGAAGGAAUUAUCUCCGCAGAUUCUCACAAUGUAAAGAUAGACAAAAAAGAAGAGCUAGAUAAGAAGAGCACUGAACCUCUAUCACCAAACAUUUCGUCUACCGUAGCUCUGUUCCAGUCCUCGGCUGACUCUUCUGGUUCCCGAGGGUGGGAUAAAUCUCUAAAAGCUCCCACCAGGUCCCAAAAAAUCAAUGUGGGCUCAAUGGCGGGCCUGCCGACUGAAGUACAAAGUCUGAAAGAGCCUGUUUCAUCAACACCAGAAGAACAAACCCAGGCUCCCGUAAAGGUCUCAGAGCUGAAGAAGAGAUUUGAACAUUAGCUCAUCACAAACCAAGCAUACUGAAGCAAAAACUAUACUGAAAAGACUUUUUAAGAUUGUCAAUUACAAGUCUAAUGAAACACCACUUGAACCCCAUUUUGAUUCUGGUGAGGCAACAUUGCCGAGUCAAGUUUGAGUUCGGCGUUUCAUACUGAACUUUGAGAUUGUGGAAGUUUAUUUGUCUCAUGUACCUGUUGGUUAAAACUCAAUGCUGACAUCAGUUAAUAAAGUCGAUUUAAAGGCAAUGCAAGUUAUAUCGCUUGCUUUAAAGUAAAUCAGGCUGAUUUUACCUUUCAUUGUAGCUAAAUGCAGUAUGUUAUUAAAAUAAACUGAUAAAUGCACCGAUUCUGACCAAUAAAGAAAGUCCGGUACUUUU